CUCUUUUUCGUUUUGGCAAUGCUGAGUCGGAGCUGUCAAACUCCCAUUUAUGUCAGUGCGGUCCAUCAAAAGUAUUUUCUGAUCAGUAAUCGCGAUUUCUUGCUUUCAAAUUCUUCCGAUCUAGGAUAACUUGAACCACAGCAGAAAUGGGAGGACACCACCACGAACCGUACAAAGUGCCAGACCCGUCGAUCUACAAAGUCGAGGACGUGGCUGAACUGAAGCAAGUGAAAGACGCCUUGGCCAGACAAGGGCUGAAAGAUCCAUGGCUCAGGAAUGAAGUCUGGCGGUACGACCCCAAACACCACAGCACACACAGCAAGCGUUUAAUUAAGUUCAUGUUUCGCGGAUUUCCCUUAGGAUUCGCUGCUUUUCUGGCCACCAUCGGCGUCGAGUACGCGCUCAAGGGAGACGACCACGGUCACGGCCACCACGGAGGCGACCAUUAAGUUUUGUAAUUAGCGAAGUGCAGGCACGCGGUCUUAGUGAAAAAUAAAACAAAAUCGUAAAUUUAAUGGGAA